AUGUUCAGUUCUUCAGGCUCUCAGAAGACGGGUAUCCAUGUCAAGAAGGGACGUGUCCUUGAACCUGGCGUUGAACGACCACCAGCUGCGGUAUGGGGACCACUAGUUUCUGGAUGGAUGUCCCCGGCAUUGAAUGCAACCAGCCACUUGGUGAAAGUCACCAAAGCUGCAACCACGAACACAAUAUGUUGCAUGGGGUCGAACCGCCAGCUGGCGGUCGGCGAGGCUGUUGGUGCGGUUGGAAACGAGAACGUCCCUGCUGGGUUGGGGUCCCAGACCGUAAGCACGGCAGGGCAAGCUGUCCACAACCUCUCCUCUCCCCAACCCAUGCAAGCCCCCACCAAUCCCCUGAAUAAACCCUCCUCCAUCGCCCUCAGCUAUGACUCCUCGCCGGCAGAGCCACAAACGGUCCUCAGGGAGCGCUCUUCCAACCUCCACGAGCAGACCGGGGGGUGGCUUUCUUCAAACACUUAUAACCAGUCAGAGGCGGGUGAAACAGCAGCAGGAGCCAAGUGGAAAGGGGAAGCAGCUCGAGGGAGAUAUGCUGGGGCCAUGACAGAAGAAGACACGCUGGCUGAGCAGGAGAAUCGGAUCCCCAGGGAACGCACAAGGUUUCAACCGCUGACAGCUCGCGAACUCAGGAGGCAGGCGCUCGAGUGGGACGAAAGUUUUGUUAAGGAAACGGGACGCAACGUAAGGACGGGGCCUGCGCAGAGCGCGAAGCAGGUGGACCAGAGCAAGGGGCUCGAUGCCAUGAGGGAGGCUGUUGCGGCGCUGGAUCUGAAUGCGGGCUGCGACAAGGUUGGGAGCAGUGAGGAAAGGGCGACGGAAGGGCCGACAUUUGGGUGGGAGAGGUCGCCGUUGGCCACGGUCAGGCUCACUGCACAAGCCGGGGUGCAAGGUGACGUGGGGGUGAUGAAGGUUGCUUGGGACUGGGCCUUGGCGGUGCUGAGGACUCUCGGCGACGGCGCGCUGAAAGGCGCGGACGGUCUGGACCGGGAAACGAUCUGCGCCCUGACGGACGUUUGUGCAUACGCUCUCCGUGUGCCUUUGCAGCAGCGCUUGCGCAUCUACCGUUCCCUAAUCAGCGCCGGCCUCCUCGCCGCCGUCGCGGCCGCGCUGACGGCUGACGACGCGAAGCUCUGGGAGGCCGCCACGUGUAUGCUGACGUGGACGCUCGUCCGCGAUCCUCCGUCGCUGCGCGCGCACCUGCCCGCCGUCCGACGCCUGCUGCACCGCUUCCCGAUCGUCGAAGCGACGCUCGCGGUGGGCGAAGGGCGCCUGCAGACCCGCCUGGCGAAACUGAUGCACGGCCUGCUCAGUCUGACAAACACUGUGAAUACCGCAUGGCUGGACCCCCUGCUGGAUGACGUCAUCCAGCAGGUUGUAGCGCUGAUUGCGGCUGACGUCAGCGCUGCCAGCGGGGGUGCCUUUGACGAGCAGAGCGACGAGGCGGAGAUGCGCAAGCUCAAGUACGCGUGCAACAUGCUGACGAACUGCGUACGUCACUAUGGCGCCAGCCUUGGGCCGAUCUUGCUCCGCCACCGAGCCCCGGAGGCGAUCGCGUGUCUGGUCGCCUGCCGGCCGCAAGACUUCGCGGCCGCGGGCGCGCGCUUUCUGCGCAUGUGCCUGGAGCGCCGGGACCCGGGGUACGUACCGCGGCUCGUUCGCGGCGACCUGUUCGCGCCCGUGCUCGCGGCGUAUCCAGCCAACGCGGGAGCUGGCAACCCGAUCGCGGUGGAGGUUCUCGCUCUCGUAAAUUUUGUUGUGGAGGAGAACAUCACCGAUGUCGUGCGGUAUCUGUGGGAGCAAUUUGGCCACUUUUACUACAUGGUGCGCCACGUUCCUACUUUCAGCAAGCUACGGAUCAAGUACGAAGAGAUCAUGACAACAUAUUGAGCUUAUUGACUGUGGAUGAAAUGACAAAGAUAGGACACUGCGUUUUCUAGAACUGUGCACGCUACUGAUUGUUGAUUGAUGAUUAGUGAUAGAGGGUUGCUUCAAGCAUGCGAGUGUGUGGUGCGUCGGACUUUAGUUGAAUGGACGGCCGGGGUAGAGUCACCGCGCAAGAUCAGAAACAAGGGACAGGAAUAAAAAAGGACGACACUUUGAAGUCCUCUGAUUAAGAAAACCGCAGUGCAAGCGUCAACAAUUGCUCAGAUAUAAUGCAGUAGGCCAACGGCAGACGGCAGCUGCAAAGGCUAAUUCAGAAAGGUACCAAUAAGAGACAAGAGACAACCGAGAGAUUUGGUAAAGCUCCCCGAAAAUGAAUUGAUAAGUGGACUUUCUUUGAACUUCGAUCGUCAUACUACCUUUGUAGCGUCCAGAAGUAGCUAGUUUAGCCAAUGGAGAUCACUGAGUGGUUCUUUCAUUAGAAACAAUGGAGCAGGCCCGCAUUUGAGAUCGGACUCACCUCAGAUCGGCCGGCAUGAAUGCACUGCCAGCCUGAAAGGCGCCGGGAAG